AUGGAUGCAAGAGUGUCCCAGUUGAGGCCGGGAACUGAAGGGCGCUUCAGAGUGCCCUACAACCCUGAUGGCACCGGAUGUGGGGCAGCCAUGAGGUCUAUGUGCAUCGGACUGAGGUACCCGUGGCCAGAGCAGCUGUCCACUCUGGUGGCCAUUGCUGUGGAAACAGAAAGGAUGACCCACCCUCACCCGACCGGUUUCCUCGGUGCAGUGCUCUUCACCUCGUACGCCGUCCAGCACCGACCAAUCACAACCUGGGGGCUGGGCCUGGUCAAGGAGGCCUGUCCAAUCUCCAAGAGCUUUGUUCAAUCGCAGGGCUUUGCUGUCAGGGAGACGAGAGACUGGGGCUACUUCACUGAGAAGUGGGAAUGGUACCUGGAGCUGAGAGGCCUCUCCGAGAGGACAGGCCCCAUGCUUUGGCCGGCAUCCUAUGGGCCGGCGGAGAGAGACAAGGUCUAUGAGAGAUUCAGCCUGAAGGGCUGGGCGGGCCGCAGCGGCCACGACGCUCCAAUGAUCGCCCUGGAUGCCCUGCUGGGGGUGGGGUCAGACUGGGAGGAGCUGAUGAGCCGCAGGGGCUUCCAUGGAGGUGACAGUGACAGUACGGCAGUGAUCGCCUGCUGCUUCCAUGGCACGGAGGGCGUCCCGCCCGGCAACUACACCCACCUGGAGUACAGGGAGCGGCUGGAGAGCAGCGCUGAAAAGCUCUACGCCCUGUCACACACAGGAGGUGACAAGUACGAUCCAUAAAGCACUGAGGGGGAGACGAAGAGAGAAAAUGUGUGAGAGAAACUGUGAGUGAGAGAAUGAGACUCUAAUGUUUUACUGUCUUAACCACAUGCAUUAUCGCUGUACUCAGUCUUGCCCAAAAGUAACUACGCUUGGUAGGAAGUCAAUUGAUCCUGUGUGGCGCUGUCACAGUGUAAUAGAAAAACUGUCAUGUCAACGUAGAUGCCUGGAGGGAAUGGUUCCGUCCCACUGAUCAAGAGCAAGGUUGCAUCCCAAAUAGAACUCUAUUCCCUAUGGGCUCUGGUCAAAAGUAGGGCAUUAUAUAGGGAAUAGGGAUCCAUUUGGGACACAUAUAAAGUCUACACCCACGCACAAUGAGGAUGAGGAUUCAGUCAUACAAGAGGCUAUUGAGCAUUGACAAUACAUGGUAAAUUAAGGGAGUACAGUGCAUUCGGAAAGUAUUCAGACCCCCUUGACUUUUUCCACAUUUUGUUACGUUACAGCCUUAUUCUGAAAUGUAUUAUUUUUCUCAUUCAUCUGCACACAAUACCCCAUAAUGACAAAGCAAAUAGGUUUUUAGAAAUGUAUGCAAAAAAAACAUUAUCUUAUUCUGACCCUUUGCUAUAAGACUCGAAAUUGAGCUCAGGUGCAUCUUGUUUCAAUUGAUCAUCCUUGAGAUGUUUCUACAACUUGUCAUGCACCUGUGGUAAAUUUAAUCGAUUGGACAUAAUUUGGAAGGGAACACACCUGUCUAUUCAAGGUCCCACAGUUGACAGUGCAUAUCAGAGCAAAAACCAAGCCAUGAAGUAGAAGUAAUUGUCCGUAGAUCUUCGAGACACGAUUGUGUCGAGGCAUAGAUCUGAGGAAGGGUACCAAGAAAUGUCUGCAGCAUCGAAGAUCCCCAAGAACACAGUGGCCUCCAUCAUUCUUAAAUGGAAGAAGUUUGAAACCAUCAAGACUUGGUCACUGACAGAGUUCCUCUGCGGAGAGAGGAGAACCUUCCAGAAGGAAAACUCUUUGCAGCACUCCACCAAUCAGGCCUUUAUGGUAGAGUGGCCAAACAGAAGCCACCCCUCAGUAAAAGGCACAUGACAGCUCGCUUGUAGUUUGCUAAAAAGGCACCUAAAGGACUCUCAGACUAUGAGAAACAAGAUUCUCUGGUCUGAUGAAACAGAUUGAACUCUUUGGCCUGAAUGCCAAGCGUCACGUCUGGAGGAAACCUGGCACCAUCCCCUUGGGGGAAGCAUGAUGGUGGCAGCAUCAUGCUGUGGGGAUGUUUUUCAACGGCAGGUACUGCAACACUAGUCAGGACAGAGGGAAAGAUGAAUGGAGAGAAGUACAGAUAGAUCCUUGAUGAAAACCUGCCCCACAGUGGUCAGGACCUCAGACUGGGGCGAAGGUUCAUCUUCCAACAGGACAACGAACCUAAGCACACAGCCAAGACAAUGUAGGAGUGGCUUCGGGACAAGUCUCUGAAUUUCCUUGAGUGGCCCAGCCAGAGCCCAGACUUGAACCCAAUCAAACAUCUCUGGAGAGACUUGAAAAUAGCUGUGCGGCGACACUCCCCAUCCAACCUGACAGGCCUUGAGAGGAUCUGCAGAGAAGAAUGGGGGAAAACUCCCCAAAUACAGGUGUGCCAUGCUUGUAGCAUCAUCCCAAGAAGACACGAGGCUGUAAUCGCUGCCAAAGGUGCUUCAACAAAGUACAGAGUAAAGGGUCUGAAAUGUGAUCUUUCCGUUGUUUAUUUUUAAUACAUUUGCAAACAUUUCUAAAAAACUGUUUUUGCUUUGUCAUUAUGGGGUAUUGUGUGUAGAUUGAGGAAAUAAAACUAUUUAAAUCAGUCAAGGGGUCUGAAUACUUUCAGAAUGCACUGUAUUUACAAUAACCGUUGCUAGAUAAGUGGCUAAAUUAGGGCUGGGAAUUGCCAGGAACCUCCCUAUACGAUAUUACCGCAUCGAUACGUAUUGCGAUUCUUCUAUAUGUAUUGCGAUUUGAUGUUCCAAACAUAUUGCUCACUAUAUGUCUGCUGCAGAGGGACCAGAGAGCCAUGAGAAAGCAAAUGUUGUAGAUAAGUGCUCAAAACAUGUUGGCUCACUAUUUUAAAAAGAUGGACAAAAAGCUAUGUGAUGAGAAGUACAGCCGACUAGCACUAGCUAACGUUAACUACCUAGCAAAUCGAUACUCAGUCACAGUAGCAAUAUAAAAUUGGCAAAAUUAUACCACGAUACCCUAUGCAUUUUUUGACGCAUUACUACAUAAAUUGUGAACAUUUAAGAACUCUGGGUUGGACUGUCAUUUUGCAACCCCGCUUCAUGUAAUGUGUAGACAUGUUUAUGUGUGAAUGUUAAUUGUUAAGCUGACAAGUGUUAAACGGUAAACACUAAACUCCAGUAAAAGUGUAACAAAAACCUCUUAAGUGACUAAAGUACAAUGGAUACCCAUGACGUAAGAACUGCUUAAAAAUCGGUUUUAACUGUGGGAACUGCAUUUGGUUGUUUGUUUAAAUGACAUGAUUACUUUGUUAGUGUCUUCUUUACAUUGAAAUGUGUCUUACAAAUGG